CACAGUCGUGCUCUUGUGACUUGGGUGAGUGCGCGUGAAAUUACAGUCGCUAUCUCAGUCGCGCGCUCUGAGGUAACAGAAGCAGCGCUUCAGUCUGGGAGAAUCUGUCUUGAGUGAGUCUAGCACACACACACAUCCACUGGAAAGAACAGUCACGAGCUUUACACGGAGGGACAACACUUCUGAAGGCUACAGGUUAAAGUGUCUCACUAUGACGGAUGUGAUGAACAGCUGUGACUCUGCGGUAGGAGACUACAAUGUGAGCGGUGCAUCUGAGGAACAGAACAUCUCUUUACAGAUCUUCCCAGACUCCCAUGAAAGGUUUCCCAAGCUUUCCAAACGCUUGCCGUCCAUCGUGGUCGAGCCCACUGAGAGCGGGGAGGUAGAGAGCGGGGAACUCCGCUGGCCUCCUGAUGAUCUGAGCCCUACAGACGACCCCAGAGACAAACAGGCCCAGGCUGCAAGUGACAAGCUCACAGAAGACAGCAAAGAGGUCGGACCGGGGACGGAAAUCUAAGAGGCAAUGGUUGGCACUACUCCAGCCAAUCACUGUGAAUGUCUUCAUUACGGACAGGAGUGAAUGGGAGACUCCACCAGUUAGGUCUGCCUAUCAUCCACACUAGAUCCGCCCACCUGUUGACCUCCACUCCCCUAGGUGGAGCCAAGGCCUGAGAGACUUCUUAACUGAACUAGCUCAUGUGCCAAACUCUAGUGGUAGUCAGCUGCAGUGAUUGAGUUUUAAAUGAUCUCCAACAACAACACCAUGAUACCCGUUAGAAGUCACCUACCCUGUAUCCCUGCUAAAUUAUAGAUUAGCAUUCAUUUACGUAUUUAUUUGCUUUGGACCAAAGUCUUUCAUUCCUUCCUAUACAAAGGAUCUUCUUUGAUGUAUAUCAGCAUACUUUAAGUGAAAAUGGAUUUCAAAUGUAAAUGAACUAGAGUGCAUAAUGGCUACUU